UAUUCAGUGACAUAAUUAUUUAUACAUUUGUUCAUGUAAGUUUGUGAGAUUAUUAGUUUUUGCCCUUUUCAAUAACAUUUUGGCUCAUCGGCGAGUGUCUGUGUGCAUCGCUCAGAUUAAUUAAAAAAAAAGUUGACAUUUGAACGUUUAAUCUACGCUACGUCACUUUAUUCAAAAUGGCGCUGGGGGUGCAUUGCGGUGUUUCCGCUGUAACAAGCAGCCAAGAAUUAUGAUUAUAAUGCACCCAAAGGCUUCAAAACAAUGAUAGUGAGUGCGUCUUGGUAGUGCUCGUGUUCUAAACAUAUACCUGCCCUUACAGUUAGUCAGCGUUCUCUUUACACGUGUUUACAUCGUAAUGCUGCGGAGAGUUAACUUUUACUCGAUAUGUUUCGCAUUCGGCCUCAGUGUAUUGUUAAUUCUUGCUGGAAGUCGAUAUACAGAUAACACAUAUAACCGUCCAUACCCAGAGAGUCGCAGGAAUAUUAGGAACUUCCUGAGGAUCGAGGAUGGAGAUGAACUGUAUCCGCAGCUCAUUCCGACAAACCCUUACGAUGGGUCACCGAACCUUGACAAGCUACUGGAGAAGACCAGAGGAAAAAUUAAAUACGAGUUAUCAGAUUACAAUUUCACACAUUCAGGGGUAAAAAAAUUGGAGGACCUACUCUUGGAAUCGGGAGGUAAGCCUUUGAGGAGCCUCAUUAUAUCUACAUGGAGAUCUGGCACUACGUUUUUGGGUGAUAUUUUGAAUGCAUUGGCUGGAAAUUUCUACCACUAUGAGCCAUUUUUGAGCUACGAGAUAAUUCAGAUCAGAGGCCCCCCUCAGGCAGACAAAGCAUUAAGCACUAUCAAGGGCAUGCUCAACUGUGACUUUAAGGACAUGGAAGACUAUUUUAAAUAUGGGAAGGGUCACUUACACCAGUUCAGCCACAACACGAGAUUAUGGGACCACUGUAAAUAUAAGAAAGAACUGUGUUUCGACGCUAACUUCACUUCUAGGUUUUGUAGGUUGUUCCCUUUCCAAAGUAUGAAGAUUGUGAGACUGCGGCUACGAUUGGUGCGGGACAUUCUGGAGGACCAUGAGCUUAACGUAAAGGUGGUGCUGUUGAUCCGUGAUCCCCGUGGAGUAAUGCAGUCCCGGCAACACCGUGGAUUCUGCCAACCCGCUCCGGACUGCUGGCAGCCGGAAUUGCUCUGUGCUGACAUGAUAAGCGACUAUGUUGCUGCCGGAAGACUGCAGCAGCAGUACCCGAAUAGGCUCAUGGUACUCCGCUACGAAGAGUUGGCCCUGGAACCCAACACCACCACGCUCCGGCUGUUCAAGUUCCUAGGGCUCAGCCUGACGCCCGCCGUCGAAGAGUUCCUCCACUCACACACCAAUAUCGAGGUGGCCGGCGUCAGCUCCACGUUCAGGGUGUCCCGUGACGUGCCGUUCCGGUGGAAGACUGUUCUCGACUACGACUAUGUUGAGGAGAUCCAGAUGGCAUGCAAGGAGGCGAUGGAGCUGUGGGGAUACCGCAUGGCGCACAAUGCGACUCACAUGGCUAGUAAAGAGUUUUACCCCUUACAAAGAUACUCGAUCACACAAUGAUAUUACGUAAUCCAUGAGAAAACGAACGAAUAAUAGUUACAUAUUUCACGUUGUUGAUAUACAAAUUGGUAAUAUAUUAUUUUAUUUAUUUAGCUGGUAAUGAAUGGUGCAGCGCCGCCGCUGGCCUAGUCAAGCGCGGCAUGUUCGAGCAAAUCUCAGUCAGGUGUCUUCCCUAUAUAUCUCUAAAGCAACUAUUAGUUUUCUAAACGCACAUAGUGUACGUGCUAAAAAUAUUUUAGUUAAAAUGUUAUUUACCUACAUGUUUUAGUUAUUAAUUGUAAAUUUUAGUUUAUUUGAAAUAAUCUCUUAGUGAACGUAAUUUGAUUCCACGAAAUUUUGGAACAUUCCACAUUGUUGCUAUUGCAAAUACGGCCGCUAUAAAAUGAAGUUACAAAAAUACUAGUUCUCAUUACUACACCAGUAUUAUUAAACCAUGUAGAGUAAUAUUUAUUAGAGGACACUUUAGUUUGUGGCCGAGUAUAUACAUACCAGUAACUUGUUUUUGUUGGAAAAAGUAGUGGUCGGGCAGAGUUUACAAUAAGUUAGUUCUCAUUUUAUUUAGUUGUAUAUUAUUGAAUCAGGGUUAAACGAUAUACAUGUUGAACGUUUUCGGUUGGUUCAAUGAAACUUACGUAUGGAACGGGCCCUCAGCCAUUCAUACUUAUAUUUUCUGAAGACUGAAUGCAUUUCCAGCGUUUGUCCUUACUCUUCCAAAUAUUAUACUAACAAAUGAACUAGCUCAGUAGAAUGUUUGCGCUUUAUAAUCGACUCCAGUAAAGUCGUGAAGUAAUGUUAGAUGUAAUUAGUGAGCUCAGGUUGUGUACAACACCGCGGUGUGUCGUUGUUAUAUCCAAAUGUAAAAGAUGGACCAUUUAAAUUACGAGAGGUCAAAAUUGCUUGAUUAAUCAAUACUGUAAUAUAGGUAAGAGCAAUGUAUACAAGUACAUGUGUACGAGCAAUUUUUGUCUCUUCUACUUAAUGCAUUUUAAUUACGAAUAAGCUUAGGCAUUAGCACUCACGGAAUUGAGGAAUUGUUAAUGCUUCCAGUUUAGACACUGUAUGAGUAAUAUAGUUUAGAGAACGUCGUAGUGCGAACAAGUGGCUUCGAUCGGCCAGUAACGUUAGACAGGGGACGGGCGGGCGCGUUUUGCGCUCGCCUGGUGUGAUACAUUUACAUUUAUAUUGUGGCUUUUCAAACUAGAGAAUAUUCGGUUACGCUACUCGAAACACCAACUCGCUAAGUGCUUUACUAAACACUUGGUGAUAACAAUUAAUUACUACAUUGAGCGGCACGCAUGUCCGCGUCGGAUCAAAUGAUAUAGAAAGCUGAAUAAUCUCCGUCCAUGAGAUAAAUACGAUCGUCGAUAUCAAACCCCGAAGUUUCGGAUAGACGAUACCGGGCUCUCGUCAUGUAACGAGGUAUGCACACUGACUCAAAAAUACACGUUUUGAAUAGUAGCUUGCACAGUACAUAGACUUAACAUUCACGAUUUGGAUGAGUGUUAUUUGUAAACCGCAAGCGGGUUGCUUUUGAAUUUAAGUCGCUUGGUUUGUACAUGUGAUUAAGUAAUAAUUAAGUAGUAACUUGGACUGUAAGUGAAAUUUAAGAUCUGAUGGUGUCAUAUCGUAUACCGGGACGCCAGCGCCCGCAAGGUGGCGCGCGCGUCGAGAACGCAACAAACGGAACUAUAAACGUAGUGAGAUUCAUUAAGUGCACUUGUUUGUAAGGUAGCUCUACCUAUAGGUAAACGAUUGAAACGUUGAUGCUAAAUUUGAAUGUAUUACUUUUCGCGAGUCUUUAGUAUUCGAGGUAGGAAAAUAGUCAGUUUUGGUUCGUCUUUAUCAUAACGUAAAUUUACAAAUUACCUACAUUUAUAUUGAAAAUAAAGGCAAGUACAGUGAAAUCUGGAUAAGUGAGACUUCAAGGGGCGACAGAAUUUGUCACUUAAGGAGGUAUUCCACUUAUAAAGGGUCUCAGUUAGACAGGUAUAAUAAAAUGUCUGUCUCAUUUACAGAGGGUAUCACUAACAGAGGUUAGAAUAGAGGUUUUGUCAGUUAUAGAGGUAACAUAAUAUUGUUAUUAUUAUGUACCUAGCAGUGGUGGCGGCUGGUGAAAAUUUCUGCUAGGCAACACCGAGCAAAAAGAAACCUACCUUAACAUUAGGUACUUUAUUAGUAAUCAAUUUUAGGCAAGCCGGUGGGAAUUGGCUUGUAUGGACGAGCUGCUGCUGGUAGCUAGUUGGUCUCUCUAAAAAGGUAUAAAAGUACAAAAUAAACCUUGUCUAAAAAAAUAUCGAAAGCUCGGACGUCAUUGCGCGUUCGACUUUUAUAUUAUGAUUAUUGUGAUUUUUAAAAAAAUAUUUUUUAUGUAAUUUUUUGAGAUUUUAGUUUUAAGUUCGAUAGUUUUAAUUACAUACUUAAAAUAAAUGUGAAAACCCUUCAACUCGCCUAAACACAAAUAACCGACAACAUGGAUGGAUGAAGGAUGAAUGAAGAAUUACUUAUUAAAAACAUGGAUACUGAUUUUCAAUAAAGUCCAAGUUACAGAGGUCAUAGAUUGACUGUGUCAAAUACAGAGGUAAACUCCUAUAAAAUUCUAAAGAAACAAUUUUAAAUGAAUGUAAUUUUUCAAAUAUGUAUAGUCUGGUAACAGAGGUAAAAUGGACUCUGUCUCACUAACAGAGGUAAAUGUGACUAUGCAGUCGAAAAAGCUUAUCUCAGUUAUAGAGGUCCGUUUUGUCUCACUAAUAGAGGUAAAGCAGGGCAAAAGUGUCGGGACCGCACCUUUUGUCCCAACUAAAGAGGUUUCUCACUUAUCCAGGUCCCACUUAACCAGGUUUCACUGUAAUAGAUUAGUGGUAAAUAAUAAAUUAAUAAUCUUUACCAUAAAUGCACGCGCAACAUUACAUUAGUAUAACGAUCGAAUAGGUACUGAAGUAUGCAUUUAAAAUACCUAUUAGCUACGAAUAUUCUGCAAAGACUCGUCUUUACGUAAUAAUAUUAGGUAAAUAGCAUAAAAAUAAAAUAGCAUAGGUAUUUUCAAGUCCCGUUAAUUAAAAGGCCUUAUGUUCAUUUAGUAGAAGUGAUUUAUCGGCCUAUAUUGUAGAAUAUAAAAAGAAAACACUAAACGUGCUGAUUGUCCAACUAAAUAUUUACCUACUUUUAAUUUCAAUUUCAAUCGGUUGGUCGGUUGAUACAAAAUCUGUAGUAUUUUGUAAAGAAUUUGGCAGCCCUGCCAUCUAUUCACUCCAUUUGACACAUAUGAGAGGAAAGGCCAGCUUAAGUUAAUUUUAUAUCGUAAAUUAAAUUAUAAAAUAUACUCUUUAUCGAACAAUUAAGAUACUGAUUAAAAAUAAGAUUAAGCAUGCGUUUCGGAGAUGCCUACUGGCUAUUAGGGUGGACCUAAUUUUUUUUUAAUGUUAGGGCUUCACAUGGUUAUUUUUUCUUAAAAGCGUAUAAAAAUUGAAUCUAAUUGUGUGAGGACAGGCAGGACUAACAGCCUUGUGGAGUACAAGUAGUAGGAGGACAAGUAGCCUUGUGGAGUAAUGGUUAAUAAUUGAAGUGAAACUUCUUACUUGUUAAUGCGACUUCCAACUGACAGCGCGUAACACUCAGUCAGUGUUACGUUGCGCAACGACAACUCACUCAUUCAAUCUACUUUCACUCUACUUGGACAUUGGCUGCACAUAACACUUAAAUUUGCACCCAUUUGUGUAAAGCACGGUUGUCCAGAGGCUACAGUACAUUUUUGCCGUCACGCUAGCCUUAUUUCUAGGUUCGAUCCCCGGCAAAUCUUUUAGCAUUUUUAUUUUUAUUAUUUUUUCUUCUAUCCCCGGGUUGCCCCCAGUUAUCACAAUUAUGUUACGAAGUUUCACUUCUUCCGCGUGGAGGGACUCUACGCACUGUUUUUUAUUUUUGUCCCAUACAAACGUGGACCACCCUACUGGCUAUUGACAUUGAACGCUUCACUCUAUAGGUAAAGGCCUAUGUUGAACAAAACGAAUACUCUGGACCGAUAGAAAAAAAAACUGUUGUUAAAUCAAUUUAUUUAUUUUUAUAAUGCAGAAAUCGGUUCAAAAUUUAGCUAUUACUGCUAUUAAGCAAUCAAAUAUGCAAGAUCUAUUUCAGACACAGCUCGGUCUGUUACAAAUUCAAUCGGUCUUGGCUAUAAAUGGGUGAAUUAACUCGAUUGUUUGUCAUGGUUCAAUCUGUUGUUAUGCAUAUAUUUUGUGCAAUACAAUAUGUCUCUAAAUCUAGAUUCUAAAAUGGUAUUGGAAUACAACGUGUUCUUAAUCCGGACAUAGGUACAUAAAACAUACAUAUACAUUAAGAUAUCUGUAACUCGUAUACAAGUAUUAUUGCAGUCUGUAAUUAAGGAAAAAAACUGUUUACAAUUAUUUUCCCUGACUUAACAUGACACUUAUUUAAUGAGCCUUCAUAACACUUAAAGCUAUGCAACCGCAUUCUAUGCAUAAUAAAUAUAUUAUUACAUAUAAGAUGUAUUUAUCCCUUCAAGUGGCAUACGUAAUUUUUGAGUAGAAAGAACCUUGAUUUUAGUUCGAUUAAGUAAAUUUCAAAUUUGUUUGAUGUAAUCGGCCUGGAGCCGAAGGCCUCUAUCCAAGUUGAAAAAUUGAGGUGUUUACUUUUAAUGUUAUUAGGAGAUAUUAAAAAUAUUUCUAUGUACUUCUCACGUGAAAUAAGUGUAGACACUAAAGGCGAUGACGCAAAGCGAUCUUGCUUACGACAAUACCUAUCCAAGUGCUACAAAUACAAUAAAUAUACAAGAUAACGAAGAAUGAACUAACAUUCGUUGUUGAUUAGGCUUAAUUUAAUGGACUUGGUAUGCUAAUAAUUACAUUACCUACUCGUUGUUGCUAUGCUCACAGAGCAUAAUAUAUACGCUUGUGACCUACGCACGGGUCUUCGGUCAAUUAUUGCAACCUCGCUCCCCACAUGAAAUAAAUACCCUUUUAAAAAUUAAAUUACCUACCUGCAGUCGAGGGAAGACUGAAUCUCUCGGUCCCACAACCGUCAUUGACGCCAAAACCUUUAUGCAUUCAUUGGCAAUUAUUAACAAAAUAAUUAGAUACAUACUCUUACCAAGCUGAGGUGGCAGCAAUUUUGACAGCCUCGAUCGUACAAAAUGUUAUUUUAACGACGGUUACUUAACGUUUGCACAGGCGCUGCUAUCGAAAUCGAUGCUAACUUGCUCAGUCUACAUUAUUUUACAUAUUUUUUUCUGGCGUAGGGCACAGAUAUGAAGGUCUACGUAAAUAUCUUAACAGCUCAGAGUGCUCAAGUAGAAGAAAAACGCAUACAGGGCGAGUUUUGAACGUAUUUAUUUAAUAUGUAAUCAGUAUUUUCAGCUGUGUUCAUUGCUACCUAGAAUCUCUGCAAUGCAAACAAUUUGAAAAUAUUACAGAUAUUAUAAUUAUAAAUGUGAUCCUUUAAGGGGCAAUGAAAAAAAAAAUUGCCGUUUUAAGCACUUUAAAAAAGAAAUCUAAACCAAUAUAAUUACUGUCCCAAAUAAAAUAUCUUAAUAUCAAUUUAAUGUUAAACCAUAAAAUCUUGAAAACUUUAGUAGGAAAUAUAUAUCGGGACUAAAUUAUAAUUUCGCGAUACUUUAGAUGAGUCUAAAAGCUAAUAAUACUGCCAUUAUUUGCUGUUAGUGUCGCAAACGAGACAAUAUUUCGCUUACAAUCAUUGCUCUUUAAGUAAAGGAGCUUUUAAACGGGCCAUGUUUUCGCUGCAAUAUGUUCCCGGUGUUAUUUUUAAGAGAAAAGGGGUGUCGAGAAGACACGUCCGUUUCACGUAUCGGUAUAUUUCGACUGACCAUGACGGUUGCCGGGUGCAGCCGGCAGGCGGGGAAAUCUCAUCUACCCGAUAUCUUAAACCUAACAGCCGACAACUAUUGGUGUCUUUCUCUCACAUGUGAGUAAGAGGGACGCCAAUAGUUGCCGGCCACAUAUUGCAGUGAAAAUAUGGCCCGUUUAGAAGCUCCUUAAUGUGUAUGUGUUUACGAAGUAAUACAACAAAGUCAAUAAAAAGCCAUCAAUUACUAAUUAAGAGAACAUGCUUCCUAAUAGAUCUGACAAUAUAAUAAAUUAUUAUGUUAUGCCUUAACGAAAUACUGGUAGUGAUAUAGUUAAGAUUUUUUUAUUGAAUUGCAUGUUAGAAACUAUUAUACAGUCAUAAUUAUUUAGUGACGCCGUUCUGAGAGCUGGCUGGAACCAGUGUAGAUUUUUUAUCAUAUCAUUAGCAUAUCAUAAGGUACUGAUUAUACACGAAGUGAGUGAGUCGAUCACGAUAAUCUUUCGCUUGCGCCUAUUAAGGAAUUUAUUCAGUAAGCUGGUGUACGCUUAAUAUUGGCUAUUGCGUUACAUAUUAUUAUAAUGCUCCUAUGUUUAAUAAGUAAUGUUAUAUUUUGUUAUGUUUUAAGAUUUUAAUAGGCUAAAUUAAUUUACUUAUGUUAGUUAAAUACUUACCUACUCGACAUUUAAAUGUGAAAGAAUAUUGUUCAAAAUUGCUUAUUAAUUUAAGAUUAUCUUUAGAUGACAUUGUAAGCAAUAAAAUAUAAAUUACACGAAAAGUUCAGCCCAUUUGAUUGGAAGCGGUAGAAUUUAAGGGUAGCCUUAUUAGCAUAAGAGUUAAGAGUGAUUAAAAUGUUAAAAGUUAUACUCAGUAGGUAGGUAGUUAUAGCACGGCGGCAUACUCAUUGCAAACAUUGUAUUCAUUAUCUUUUUGCCUUAAGUUUUUAAGUUACAAUAAAAAUGGAUGAGCCGUUCCAA